AUGAAGCUCUUUCGACCUAUUAUUAUUAUUCUCUCCGUUGCUGUGGGUAAUGCCAUCGCUCAUCCUGCAGGGGACACACCAGAAGUCGAACUGAGUACCAUCACAAGUGGCGAAUAUACAUUCCUCGGAGUGGCUGAAACUUCCGAGUUUGAUAAACGCUGCAGUGGAUACUUGACGCAACAUGCCGAUUGUACACCUGGAAAGUGCCAAUGUUUGGGUGAUAACGGGUGCUAUGGCUGUAAUGGUGGUCGGAUACAAUGCCAACCCGGCCCUGGUUCGGGACUAUUCAUCAUGCCGGGCUUUAGAUACUUAACUUUUCUGCCGGCCUUCGUCUUCUCAGCUGUCGUCGCCGCACAGGAGACGGGCUUAGACACGUGCACCGAUGUCCACGUCUUUCUGUCUCGAGGGAACAAUGAGCCGUAUCCUGGUCGUCAGGGAAAACUCGUGCAAGCUAUCUGCUCGGGGCUCGAGAGUUGCGACUACGAGGACAUUGCGUUCAACAAUGCCUUGGUGGUUGAAUACUGCAGCGCCGUGGAGGCAGGCCGCAAAGCUGGUAUUGCCCAGAUAACCGACUACAACAAGCGAUGUCCGGAUGCGAAGCUCGUUGUCAGCGGCUACUCCCAGGGUGCACAUGUUCUGGGCGACAUCCUUGGCGGCGGCGGCGGCGUUUUCUUUCAGGGCUGCACGACGCCUAUGGUUCCAGGCUUAGAUCCAAAUUCAGCCCCUGGUAAAACGAUUGCUGCUGCACUCCUUUUUGGUGAUACCCGUCAUACUGCCAACCAGCCGUAUAACACACUAGGAGGCGCACCUGUCAAUGGUUUAUUCCCUCGAAGCGGCCAGCAACUUGAGGGUAUCCACAACUUUGCAGGCGUGCUCCGAGACUGGUGUCAGGGGGAUGAUCCGAUUUGCGCAGAGGGCGAUGGUAAACGAACAUACAAUGUCCAACAUCAUCUGAACUAUUUUGAUAUCUACUCCGGCGCAGCGGCAGAAUGGGUUAAAUCAAUGCUGGGCGAGGCCACUACACCGACAUCUGGGUCUACAACUGUGUCGAGUAGCACUGCUGCAUCAACCAUAAUUAGCACAAGCACGGUUGUUGAGGAGACAAGUUCUGGAGUAACAACUACCGAAGCCACGGCAUCGGAAACACAGAGUGUGUCUAUUACAUCGGGAUCUACAAAUUUAAGCUCUGCAUCUUCGACUAGAACUCCGACGCCCCUUCCAGAAGGUACAGAUUCGAGCACUACUACUACGCCAACAGCAUCGUCUACAGCCCAAGAAGGAAGCGUUCGAGGGAUGGGAGACGCAGCUCAGGACCUCGACGCCAAAGGCGGUGCUCUUGAUACCGCAAAGGAUUUGUUUGCAGGAGCUGCCGGAGGAGUUGCUCAGGUUCUUAUAGGCCAACCCUUCGACAUAGUCAAAGUCCGACUCCAAACCAGCACAGCAUACAAAUCCGCCCUCGACGCUGCAACUUCCAUCUACGCCAAAGAGGGCCCCCUCGCGUUCUACAAGGGUACACUAACCCCUCUCCUUGGUAUCGGAGCCUGCGUAUCGAUCCAAUUCGGCGCCUUCGGGUACGCGCGCCGCUACUUCGAGACCCAGAAUGCCGCCGCCGCCUCCUCUUCUUCCAAGGACUUGUCCUUCGGCCAGUACUUCGCAGCCGGCGCCUUCGCCGGCGUCGCCAACUCCGUGAUCUCGGGACCUAUCGAGCACGUGCGUAUCCGGCUGCAGACGCAACCCCACGGCGCAGCGCGCCUGUACUCUGGCCCUCUUGAUUGUGUGCGCCAGCUAUCUUCGCGCGGCGGUGGGUUGCGCGGCCUGUACCGCGGCGAGGCGGUGACGAUUUGGCGCGAGGCCGCUGCUUACGGCACCUGGUUUCUGACUUUCGAGUACUUGAUGAUGGCCGACGCGGCGCGGAACCGCGUUGAGCGGGCCGACAUCCCCAGUUACAAGGUUGCGCUGUACGGUGGUCUGGCCGGUGAAGCACUCUGGCUUGCUAGUUAUCCCUUCGACGUCGUCAAGAGCAAGAUGCAAACCGAUGGUUUUGGUAGCGAGAUGAAGUAUAAGACGAUGCGGGACUGCUUUUCGCAGACCUGGAGGGUCGAGGGUGCGCGAGGCUUUUGGAAGGGCAUUGGUCCCACGCUAUUGAGGGCUAUGCCGGUUAGCGCGGGUACGUUCGCCGUGGUGGAGGCGACAAUGCGUGCUCUUAGUUAA